CGGAGGGCAAGGUUAGUCCUUCAUUUCCUUUCUCUCAUGAUCCACUGGCGUCGCAAAUCACUUAAGGCUGUACUAGUGAAGGAGGGGAGAGAGGAGGAACGGAGGGGAAAGGAGGAGGGAGGGAUGUUCAUGGCCACAGGGUAAGUUGGGAGGAUGGGGUAGGUGGGUAGUGACGUAAGGAAAGAGGAGCACCAAGAGGAGGAGGAGGAAAGGGAGGAGGAGGAGCUGGAGGUGCCUGCUGGGGGUGUAGCCAAGCAGACCCACUCAGUUGAUCGCGGGCCCUCGUUGGUGACGCACGCGGGGAGGCAGGCGCGCUUUCCUCCUCCCAUCAUCCGUUCCGCUUCAGUGUUCAAAAUCUAUGUACAUAUCUAUCGACCGGCGACCACCUGCUAUCAGACGGUCACACAUGGCAUCAGGGAAACAGAAACACACCCCUUGAACAACAAUAUUCAAAGGAACACGACGUAAAGAAACAAAAACAAUCAGACAAAAAAGAGGAUAAGACCCCAUGCUAAUAUUUUGGUGACUGUUGCUAAGACGUGCACCGCAAACAAGAGCAACAAAGGGAGGGCAAGAAAAGUUCCCGAGUUCCCAAGUGCUGUCGCUUCUCUAUAUGUUCGGUUGGGGAGUGUGUGAAGCUCCCUAUGGAAUAACAACACAUACAUUUCCUUCAGUGAGACGUGGUUCCAUUUUAUAACUUCAAGAGAGAAAAAUGUACAGAACCUAAGGGGGAAAUGAGAUGAGGGAUACGAGAACAUGAUGAAGGAGACCAUACGAGUGAUGACAGUGAAAGUAAACCAGAACAAAAACAUUUUCUUGCAUCUUCACCGGAAACGAGAUAAGAAAUAAAACCACGAAAUAGAAAAAGUUUGGAGUGGUGGACAAAUAAACGAAAGAAACAGAAUCACUGAAAAAAGAAAACGAAUUAAGAAAAGUUCACAGUGUCAUAAAAACAGCCAUUGAAUGAAUAAAUAAAUAAACUAUCAAAGAAAUGUGACUCAGUGGGAUUUUUCAAGACGCCCCCUGGAUCUUCGCUCUACCGCCAAACGGGGCUCUGCAGGAGUCUUCCCCAGCAUACCCUCCCGGCUUAGAGAAACACCCUUCACUGCUCUUAAAAUUCCACUUUCCUUACCAUUACUUUGCUUCCCUUUUAGUUUAGUCUCUCUCUUUCUUCUUCUUCCUUUCCCAGUCAUUUUACGUUUUACCUCUCCCUUUCUCUUUCAGCUUAAAUUUUCAUUCGGUCUUUCUGUUUCUCCUUUCGCUUAAAAUUUGUAUUGUCUACUUUUCUUCUCCAGCAAUUUUAUAUUUUUUUUCUCACUAUACAAUGCAAAUCUAUCUCUAUUCCAUGACUUAACUAUUUAUGUAAUCCAUCUAACAGCUAGCCACAAAACACGGCCAAAAAUAGAUUCCCACUAACAUUUUACCCUAAAUACUUACAUGUAAUUCCAUUCCUUUAAGUGCCAGCAAUUCUCUAGUUUCCUUGUCCUUCAUUUAUCUCCUUCCACUAAGUCUCAGGUCAGUAAUCUUGGAGGAAAUGCCCCUCUUUUCUACUGGAUCCGCCUCAGUUUCGCUUUAUUUACCUUCUCCUUGACAAUAUCUCAGCCAGACACUUCCAUGCACACCUGAACGCGCCUAGAAUGCCACCGUUUAUCACCUGACACGUCUAGCUCAGGACAUGAGGUAAAAUUACACAGGGAAUUAUAAUUAUCAACUCCAGACCAAACUAGUCCACGCCAUAAUGCUAAACUUAUCCUUUAAUACGAUCACUGAAUAACACACACACACACACACACACACACACACACACACACACACACACACACACACACACACACACACACACACACACACACAACGAGAGAAAGAGAGAGAGAGAGAGAGAGAGAGAGAGAGAGAGAGAGAGAGAGAGAGAGAGAGAGAGAGAGAGAGAGAGAGAGAGAGAGAGAGAGAGAGAGAGAGAGAGAGAGAGAGAGAUACACACAAACAAAACAUUUCCCAUCUCUUCUCACUGUACAUCACUCAGCCUCAUACUGUCAUCCGCUCCUCCCUCACCCUGAUCCUCUCUCUUCCCGCUGCCUCAUCACGUCGCUGGUACAUCUCUCCUCCUAUCCAUCUCCGCCUCGCCGCCCUUGGUUUAUUUCGUCCCUCACUAUAUCAUUACUACCUCCCUUUAUAGUCUCAGGUUCCCUAAAGGUGCAGCAUUAUUAGACACCCUCAUCCAUCAUGUAUGUCUGUCUGGAGCCACACUCACAGCUAGAUUCUCUCGCAGACUCCUCUUUAAACUUAUCUAAUUAUCUUUCACUCACAAUAAUUUCUAACCCACUUAUUUCUGGUUCUUUCACUUCAGAUUAAUAUUUUCUUCUUGUCAGUAAAAUUUCCUAGUUCUCUUGGCAGUGUAACUUGUUUUUGUUUCUUAUUACUCCUUCCAUCUCCUUUUCCUGCGUUCCAACCCCUCCCCCCCCCGCCAGACCCGCCCCGUCCGAGCCUGAGCCCCGCAAUGAGAGCUCUGAUCAGGAGCAACCCCAAGAUGGAACACUUGAAGGGCGAUGCGGACCAGCUGACGACGGAGGCGCAGCUGUCAGCUCUUCAGGAACAGCUGGUGGCCGUCAUGCUGGAAAACCAACACCUGGCGGAGGAAGCCAAGGCCCUGAGGGAAGCAAGUGCCACCGAGCAACUUCGGCAGGAACUAGAGAGGGAGAGGGAGAAGAGCAGGAUAUUGAUGGAGAGGCUGCAGGAGAAGGAAGCUAAGGACAGAGAGAGGAGUGAGAGGGAAGCAAGAGAGAGGGACAGGCACACAAGGGAGAAAAGCUUGCCUCCAGGAGAUAAGUCACCAAGCCUGCCGCAGCGGAUAAGAAAGAGAAUUAACCAGAUGCACAAGACCCAGUCCUUCGAGGUGGAGGAGAGCUGCCCCGGUCCCCCACAGACCCCGGUGGCUGAAAGACUCCGCCUCCAGGGGGAUGAGAAGCUCAGUCAGAGGUCGUCCUCGUCCCUCGAACAUUCAACCAAUCAGAAUGUAAAGUACGGAGGAGAAGCAGCCAAUCCCAAGUCGAGUUCUCCAUUUGAUGUUGUUGAAAGCUCCUCACGCGGGAGGUUCGCGUGGAAGCGCCGCGGCCUCGAGAAAAGCAAGUCCCUCGAUCAGUCUGAGUUUCUGGCUUCGUUAAACAGCGCGAAUGCAGCGGGAGGCGGGGCGACUUGCAGCUCAGGCUCCGAAACCCCUACCAUCACCACCGCCAACCACCACCACCACUGCCGCCGCCGCCUCCUCCUCCGUCUCCAGCCCGUGGUCAGAAACCUUUAGGGACAAAGAAAGUGACUCUGACGAUGGUGAGAGAGGCCUCCUGCGAGACAUCAGUGGUGACCUGGACCAGGGCAUACCACAAAAGAUACCGCCGUGUUCCGCGGAGCAGAUAGCGCCCGCCGGUCGUGAGUCCCAAGGAUCCUUGGUGGAGGAGGAUGGAGGUGCAGGUGGUGACGGCGAUCGGAGAGCUCCUCAGGGAUUUCUCCGAAGUGGCAGAGGAGGAGCAACCUGACGGGGAUCCCGAGGGUGACCCGCUGACUCGUCAAAAAGUGAGUGAAGGUUAAGGUGC